AUGGCUCCACCCAGCCUCACUGUGGCAGCCUUGAAGAUGCUCACAAAAUGGCUUCAAAACAGACAGCUUGCUGUAGUCUUACUUGUUGUGAAUUUGCCCAAAACAAGAACUUUGAUGUGGUAUCUGGAUGAGGAGCUUCUGGAUGAUAGUUCUGUUGCCGUCAUUAAACUCCUUGAAUGGGGCACAAAAGUCGAAAACAGGGAUUUUGGCAGUGUGGAUGUAGCCUUAGGAACAGCAGCCGAAAAACCAAAUGUUAUGAUUAUGAAGAAGAAUCAAAGCCUGCAAACCAAAACUCUGCAGCCAACAGAGUGCACCAUAACUCUAAAAAUCUGCUUCUCACCACCUGAACCUAAAAUGGUUGUGCACCGGAGAAAACACGAUUUAAAGAAAUUGAUCUGUUGCCCUGUCUUUGCCAAGGCUUCUGGCAUAGAAGAAUUUACUCUGAAGGAAACCGAGGCACCUCAAAUGCCAGCUCCAACAUCGACCACCAUGAAGGAGCUUUCCAACAAGAAGCAACUGUUCCAGGUGCGAGUUAUCAUCAUUGAAUGUCGACAACUGCAAGAAAACAAUGUCAAACCAGUGGUGAAAGUCAAUAUUGGAGAUUACACAUUCCGGACCAGAAUUAGACGUGGAAACAAUCCAUAUUAUAAUGAGACCUUCGUCCAAAAUUUCAAUGAAACCCCUCUUCGACUUUUUGAUGAGUUUAUUACUAUACAGCUCCUCUGGUGGAUGGCAGGCCACAAUAUUGCCCUCCCCAUCCCAGCUGCCUCCUAUGCGCCCAUACGCCUGCUGGAAUUGGGUCAUGCUUUGAUUUCGAAAUGGUUGAGCCUCUACGAUCCAGGGAAUCUCAAUGCUGGAUUUAAGGGCUACGUGAAGGUCACCCUUUGUGUCCUGGGAGCUGGAGAUCGUGUGCCGGAUUUUGACCAGCCAGCAGAGACCGGUGAUUUAGAAUCCAAUCUCCUGCAGCUGGCAAGUGUUCCAGCUGCACGCACUGUCUCCCUCCAGCUGUACAUCUACCGAGCAGAAGAUGUUCCACAAAUACAAGAUGGCACAGUGACACCUUUCACCACCUUACCUGUGGAUCCUCUCAUCAUCUCUGUGGACCCUUCUCUGGAAGUUAAUUUCGCAGGGCGAGUGCUAAGGACCAAAGUCAUUUUGGGAGACACCAACCCUGUGUGGAACCAGGUGCUCUGUUUUCCCAUGCAGUUGCCAUCUAUUUGUGAUCUCAUUAAACUCACUAUUAUGGAUGGGGCAGAAGAAGGAGAUGGUGUUGUUUUGGGCACCGCCUUCCUCAGCCUCGCCCAGAUCUCUUGUGCAGGAGCUGAAACAAAAAAAGAGGCCUCAGGCUUCUUGCCUUCCUUUGGACCAAGCUUUCUCACCUUCUACGGAAGCCAACAGGAGCUUCUGAAUCCAGCCGAAACUCCUGAGAGACGUGGGAUUCAGGCGGAAGAAGGGACCACGUAUCGUGGAAGAGUUCUUCUGGAGCUGCGGACUAUCAGGGAAACAAUCCCGAUUCAGAAAAUUGAUGACAUUCCUGGAGAAACUGUUAAAAAGAUGCAGUAUUUCUUGCCUCAGUUCCGAUAUGGUCUAUGUGUUGUAUUUUACUCUGCUACCAUGUUGGCUGAUAUCACGGAACCGAUCCAGUUUGAGGUCAGCCUAGGAAACUAUGGGAACAAAUUUGAUGAGACUUGCAAACCAUUUGCUUCCACUACUCAGUACUGCCAUGCUGUCUAUGAUGGUAAUUUCUACUAUUACCUACCGUGGUAUGAUACUAAACCCAUGGUGACCAUCACCUCGUUCUGGGAGGAUGUUAGCUACCGCGUUGCCUGCACAAACACUCUCCAGUUCAUUCAUGACAGGCUGAAAAAGAAUCUAGAUACUCUUAAAGCCAUCCGCCAGCCCCAUGACCCAUCAGUGGCUGUGGUUUGGAAGAAGCUGCAGAAAGAUUUGGUCGAAGACUGCAAGAAACCUUUGCCAUCCCCGGACAUCCAGAAAGCUGUGACUGUCCUCGAUAAACAGCUGUGGAAACUAAGGGUUCGUGUGCUUCAUCAAAUCAGCAAAGCUGCAGAGAAAACCAGCUGGAAAACCCCCUUGCACAAACUCAUCCCAAAAGUUGAGGGUUGGCUGAAUCGGAUUGCUUCCAUCGCAAUUGAGACUCAAAUCAGUAUCCCAGAUGUGGUGAUCUGGAUGCUGUGGGAGGACCGACGGGUGGCCUAUGCCAGGGUGAAGUCCCAGUCCAUCAUGUUCUCCAAAGAUGGCCCCUAUGCCAAAGGCAGGCUGUGUGGCAAAACCCACACCCUCUUCCUAAAGGAUAUGCAAAGCAAAAUGAAUUACAACCCCAUCCCCGCCAUGCUCCGGGUUCGAAUGUGGAUGGGGAGGAUGGCCGACUGCGCGCACUUCAUGAGAUGUUGCGAAGGGAGGAUUGCGGUCUUUGCAGAAACG